CGAAUAGCUGUUUUCAGUUUGGAAACGAGCAAUCAGCUGGUACAAGUUUUCUCGUCAUCACCAUGUUUACGGUCUGUCUCAUCGCAACCUUUUCUGAUCACCAAGGAAAUCCAGCAGUUAAUGGUUCAGUACACACCAGAUUAUUCAGGGCGACGCUUGCACCUGAUCACAGCAGUUGACGUGUCAUCAAAACUGCUGCUGAAUGCGUGGAUAGCGUACGCAAAAGCGGAAGAGCCCAACAUCUCGAAAAUCUACGAUAUGCGAGUGCCAAUUGAUGAGGAAAGCAUUAUAGUCAAAAAGCUACCAAUAACAAACCCGUACAGUAUUCCGCGCACUUUUCGACUGACUUCUUCUCGUUCGGAUCUUGUGGAAGUCGGCGAUGAAGUGCUGCAAAUUCCCGGUCUUGGCUCACUAUCAGCAAAGUUGCUCUUCCACAACGUGAUUCGAAAUCCGAUUCGAUUGGAGGUGAUGAUUUUCGUGUUCAACGGCGAGACUGGACAACAAGAAGAGACAAUCAAGCUCGAACGUACUUAA